ACACAGAGAGUGGAUGUGCUGAGCGAGAAAGACUAGUUUAUGCGCACAUGGUAAUGGGAGAAAGCAAUCAAACUCCCUGCAGGUCCGUCUCCUCAUCCGUUGGCUAAGAGCGAUGUGUUGCCUACAGUAGACUCGACGGACUACUGAUACCGUUUUUCUCAGACAUUAGGGAUGUCUUCUGAGCCCACUUCAUCCGCCUCGCAGCAGUCCCCCACCUCUCCACCCUCCCCCAGUUCUCUCCAUCUGCCUGAAAACCGCAGGGCAAGAGAUCGCUCCCCGUCACCCAUGAGAGGGUACCUCAUCCCCAGUCCGCUGCCCACCCGACGGACCAGGACGUUUUCAGCAACUGUGAGAGCAUCAGAGAGUCCCAUCUACAAAGGUGUCUGUAAAUGCUUCUGUCGCUCCAAAGGCCAUGGCUUCAUUACCCCUGCAGAUGGAGGGCCCGACAUCUUCGUACACAUCUCUGAUAUCGAAGGCGAGUAUGUUCCUGUGGCGGGCGACGAGGUCACCUACAAGAUGUGCACCAUCCCUCCGAAGAACGAGAAGCUCCAGGCGGUGGAGGUGGUGAUCACUCAUCUGGCUCCUGGAACCAAGCAUGAGACCUGGUCGGGGCACGUCAUCAGCUCCUGAGGCGCCUCGGUGGGAGCGCGGCUGCUGCCUGCAUGGUCACUGCUCAACAACUGCCUGCGGGGGACCUGUCCUAAGAAUAUUCUACGUAUUGUGCAGGAGGAAAUACUACAUAUCAAUAAAGCAGAAGUAGGCCAAAAUUACCAUUUUUACAGCUGGCCCCCGAGGGGAUGGGGAGGAAAGGCAAUUCAGAUCCUAAUGAAACAAAAGCUAUUGUAAUGUGUUUACUACAAAUAUAUCUUAAAGACAGCUAGUUUGUGUGCUUGGUGGAGGGGGGGAAGACUUGGUUUUACAUUUAUCUUGUGAACUGAUUCCAGUAAACGGGCAGGGUAGAGGGGGAGAGGUUUGAGGAGAGCUCGUCUAGUGCAGACAGCCGUAGCACAGGCACAGCUCGGAGGCGCACGAGCCCUGUGUUCCCAUGAGCUGCCCUUCCAUAAGGUUUGGUGUAUACCUACUGCCAGUAAUGGCAUGAGUGCUCUGCCUUGAAAGAGAGGGAGAGGUGUUCAUUGCUGCAGUUUGUUUUCCUCAUGGAAGGAAGUUCACAAACGGAGCAGCUGCCGUGGGGUGGAAAAUCUCCAUCUGGUGGUUAUGCUCCAAUGGCCAGGGCUCGGCGCCCUUUGGGUGCCCUGUUUGCAAACAGCAUGUCUGCACACGCGUGGGGUAUUGUGGUUUUAAAGCCUGGAUUGUUUGUGAAUUUACUUUGAUGCCUUGAUGGUCGAUUAGCAACGGAAGUUAUAGGCCAGUAUUAAAAACAAAACAAAACAAACAACUAAAACAACCCCAAAUUUCUUUAAAAUUGCCUCAAGGAAAGGGGUAGAAAGCUGUAGGGUCCUGGAUACUUUGUAGCCUCUGACCGUGUGUGCAUUUAGACAAAGCUGAAGAUGUCCGCCUUAUUGCAUAUAGGUGACUGCCAGGGCACUGGGCAGCCAGAGUAACUACUCUGAAAAGCGAGCUGUGCACCAUUCAGCUGUGUAUAAAAUACCAUGUGAAUUACUUAGUAGGCUCAGCUGUCCAAUUCUGCAGCUGUUUCCCUGGAAAACUUGCUUGGUAGGAUGUGAUAAGGUCACCCUUGCCCUGACUCUUCUCUGCCUGCAAGACUUCAUGUAGUUGUGGUGCAACUAUGUAAGUUCUGUUCCUAUUUGCCUUCUGCAUCCUUUUUUCAAAUGAAGCGUUUGUCUUUAUUAUGUUCUGAACAGUGGAUUUUUAUUGACUUUGCAAAUAAAAAUAAAAAAGAAGGCAUGAUAACUUUUCUGUCAGUGUGUGGAACGGUGUAACUUCGGUUGCCUAUUGCAGUUCCAACAAUGAGCACCGGCUGUCAGGAAAUGUCCCAAGACUCUUCCACAGGGGACCAUCUCUGCCGAGGUCUGACCUGGGGAAAGCGCAGAUCUGUGGAGGUCAGUAAUUGCUGGGAUGGCUUCUUGUACCUCAGCUGUCCCUCCAUGACAGUCACAUAAGGUAACAACCAGCCUCUAGCGGGACUUUGGGGAUUGGUUUGAGUUUUAAUUAACCGUAAGACUUAGUAGUGGUGGAUUUAACACUGUCCGGCUUCUUGGCACAUCACGUGCCACUUCCUUUCCAAUAAACAUGACCAUUGUCAUGCUUUAACAUGUCUUCAGUCUGCUCUCUGCCUGGUUGGGGUUGAAGACGAUUAGCAUUUUCCCUCCCCUCAGAGACAGAAGUGUUUCUGUCUCACCUGUUGAGAUGAGCAGUGGAAGAUGAGCCUCAGCUAUUGGCAGUGGCCGUGCACGACUGACUGCCGAGCUUUGAAGAUACACACAAUACACAGGUAUGUACACAGAUGGUAUUUGAGCCUGAAACCAGGUCUGGGUUUGGUCCAAUACAGGAUGUUUUGCACAGUUAACUUUCUGUAAAUACAGGAAACAACCCCCCAGUAACCAUAUACAUCCCUGUGCCCACACAAGGCAGCAGCUAUCGAAACCCGUCCGUCUUUAAGGAGCCGUCCUGCGCCACCAGCGGUUCUGGUCCAAAGCCUGCUCCCAUUAAAAUGACUGGGGCUGAACUACCCUAUUGAAGCAAGCACGAGAAAGGUGUUGGAAGGUGAGAUAGUUCUGAUGCAUGAGGGCAUCACAGCUCCCCCUCGCUUUUUGUAAGCACUUUUGGGUUCUACACAGAGAUACAAAAAACUCUACAAAAUUCUUCCAUUUUUUACUCUGUAAGAAUCACAUAAACUUUGAAGUAGGUGGAUUCAAGUCAAUCAUUUCCAUGUACAGGCAGGCAGCAUACAACAGGUCUGCUUUACCUAUUUUAUUUGCCAAAAGGGCAAAUUGAAAUAGUAAUUUUUCAUGAUAAAAUGAGGUUUGAUUCUCCUUUACUAAAUUAAACUGUACAUACAUGAGAUUCCUAAUGUCAGAUGAGAUAAGUAAACAUCAAGUUACACUGAUCGUCAUGCUUUAACUUGAAUUUUCAGACAUAUAUAGUUGAGGUGAUUUUUCUUAGUGCUAAAAUCUCAUCUACCUUUAAUGUCUUAUCAGGAAAAUCAGAAAUACAAUUGGUGACAAAUACAUUUACUACUAUGAUUGAGUUAUUUUAGUUAAUUUUGACACUUAUUUUGAGAUUUAAGAAGUGUCUGCAAACAGUGUAGGUGCCAUGAACUGUCCUGUACCGAGGAGCCGACUGCAGCACCAGUCGGUCCAGCCUUCCCAGCACAGCAGACUUGAUGCUCCUUCAGACCAUGCAAUGGAACACGUGUGAGGUCAGAGCUGUCUGGCUCAGUUUCACCUUC